CACAUUGCUCCACACAACGCCGCAGGACAGCCAGCUAACCUCUGACAAACUGGAAAACUCCUCGACAUUUCACCCGUGUGGGGAAAUUAGUUUAUAACAGCCAGCUACGGUCAUGGAAACCAACAUAAACGGUUAGCGUUGCUAAUUAGCUAGCCUCCGUCUGUUGCUAACAUUUUAGUUCACCCGAGAGCGUGCUAGCAGGCCGUUACUAUCACGCCUGUAUUCACAAAUAAAUAUGUACAACGACUCGUAGCGCACAAUAGGGCGACAUGCACCAACUAACAUGCGAAAAAGCCACAUUUGGACAAUGCAAUAUAUGAAAAUAAUCUUACCAUCCACUAGCCUUUCCCGGUAGCUACACGAAAUGCGUCUUUUCAUUGGUGGAGACAAGCUGCGUCGUCAUUAUCGUGCGACUUCACCGGACCCUGCUGGCUGUUUGUUUGCUAAAUGAACAUCCCUCACACAUUGUCAGUCCCUCGUCAGAUAAAAGCAGGAUGAGUGGGGGUUUGGCACCGAGCAAAAGCACCGUGUACGUGUCCAACCUGCCUUUCUCUUUGACCAACAAUGACCUGCACAAGCUUUUCACUAAAUAUGGAAAAGUUGUGAAGGUUACGAUUGUGAAGGAUAAAGACACUCGCAGGAGUAAAGGAGUGGCGUUUGUUCUGUUCUUGGACAAAGAAUCAGCCCAUAACUGUGCAAGAUCACUGAACAACAAACAGUUGUUUGGCAGAACAGUGAAGGUGAGCAUUGCCAUCGACAACGGGCGAGCAGCUGAGUUUAUAAGGAGACGCAACUACACAGACAAGACGAAAUGUUACGAGUGUGGGGAUGUGGGGCACCUCAGCUAUGCGUGUCCCAAAAACAUGCUGGGAGAGAGGGAACCUCCUAAGAAGAAAGAAAAGAAAAAGAAGAAAAUGGCUCAACAACCUGAGCAGGUUGAGGAGGAAGAAAGUGAAGAGGAGGGGGAGGACCCAGCCCUUGAUAGUCUUAGCCAAGCCAUAGCCUUUCAGCAAGCCCGAAUUGAGGAAGAGGAACAUCGGAGGAAGCAGACUGCCUCAGAUCAAGAGGGCAGCGCUCGGGCGUCGACAUCCGACGACUCAAAGAAACCCAGGAUCAAAAAGAGUGCCUACUUCAGUGACGAGGAGGAACUCAGCGACUAAUCAUGGCGACAUACUGUACAUAUAGUUUUGCACAGAACUAAAACGUGCAGAACAAAUAGCGAAUUUGUAAAUAUAAUUUUUCAGUUUUCUAUUUCCAAUUUAAGUCAUUUUACGUGGUGUUAAAGCGUGGGAAAACAUGCUUUAGAUAAGGCAGCAAAGUAUUUUUUUAAGUGAGACAUUGUGUUUCUAAACUCACUGGCACAGUAAAUGCAACAUUGGGGUAAUCACGUGUUAUCUUAUUGGUGUGAUUUUUACAGUAUAGUUUUAUGGGAAUGACAAUAAUCCACAUAUUAGAUUAUAAAUUAGACCUACUGGGCUUGUGAUCAGUUGGUUCACAAUGGAAACUGCAGCAAAAUGGAGGUUGCUGUGGUAAAUCUACACAGAGAUUUAAGGCUUUUUCCUAGUGAUUACAGUGCAGAAAUUGUUAAAAACUAAGGGUAAAUUCAAGUAUCCUCUAACAGAAUGGGUCUUAUUUAUGAUUUUAUAGCCUUACUGUGCAUCUUUCUUAUUCCCAUAAUACUGCAUGAUGGGUGAGAAUAUGAAAAACUGUUCAUUCACACCAGAAUAAAAACAAGUCGAGUUGAAGAAAGGAUGUUAAUGCACAUAUUGUUCCUAUAUUGUUUGCAUUAUGUGACAGUUUAAGAGGAGGAUACCAUGCUGUCAUAAAAAGAUUAAGACCCCAAAUAAAACCAUGUUGUGCAACUU